CGAGACUUCACUUACUAAACGCCCAAAAUCCGAGCCUUCGGCCUCAGCUAUGCUUGCAAAUCGAGUUCUCAGAGAGCGUUUCGGCUUAGGUUGUUUUCGUCUGAAACAAGAAGCCGCAAUCAUACGCCUCAUGGAUGGUGGGAGUGCGACGAUUGUGUUUCCGACUGGCGGAGGCAAGAGUCUUUGCUACCAGGUUCCGGCAGUGGCGUUUAGAUACCAAGACGAGGCCUUCGGUUCACGAACUCGAGAGAUGAGCGGAAUUACUUUGGUAGUCUCACCACUUAUCGCUCUGAUGAAAGACCAGGUGGAUGCGCUUGUCCGGAGGAAGAUCAAAGCUGCAGUUCUCAACUCUUCAACCUCCAGAGAUCAAUUUCUGGCAACGCAAGAAGACCUUAGAAACGGUAGUCUUGACUUGCUCUAUUGUGCGCCUGAGCGUUUGAACAACGAAGGUUUCAUCGCCUCGUUGAAAGCUGUUCCCGGUGGCAUUCGCCUCCUUGCUGUCGAUGAAGCACAUUGCAUUUCUGAAUGGGGCCACUCAUUCCGUCCCGACUAUCUCAAGAUCGCCCGCUUUGCAAAGGAGGCCGAGGUGCAGAGAGUCGCGUGUCUCACAGCCACAGCGACGCCCAAGGUUGCCCAAGACAUCUGUGAUGCGUUUUCCAUUCCGAAAGAAGGUCUGCUAACCACACCCGUGUAUCGACCGAACCUGAGGCUUCUGGUUCAAUCAAACCCAAAGCAGAGCGACAAUGUCACUAAAUUGGUGAAGUUCCUUCGUCAAUAUCCAGGCCCAACGAUUGUAUACGUCACGCUUCAGAAAGGUACGGAAGAUCUGGCUGAUGAUCUGAAUAAACGUGGCUUCAUAGCCAAAGCCUUCCACGCAGGCAUGAAACAAGAAGUAAAGACCCAGACCCAAGACGAGUUCUUUACCAGCGACAAGAUGAUCGUGGUAGCGACCAUCGCGUUCGGCAUGGGUAUCGACAAGGCAAACAUUCGAAACGUGAUCCACUUCGAUAUCCCGGAUAGCAUUGAAUCUUACAGCCAGCAAAUUGGUCGUGCAGGCCGAGACGGUCUCCCGAGCGUGUGUCUGUUCAACCUCUCCACGAAAGAUUUUUAUCUCCGGAACAUCUUCACAUACGGCGAUCGGCCGUCCGUGAGAUCUCUAAAGUUGUUGCUUAAUGACAUCUGCGUGAUGAACAGCAAAAGAUUAAAGGUCGGAGAUACUUUCGCUGUUUCGACGUACCAUCAAUCGAAAGAAGUCGACAUUGGAGCAACGAUGUUGAGCAUACUGUACGCUCAAUUAGAACUGCAUUUUGGCCUUUUCAGAGCAGCCGGUUCAAAGUACACGGAUUACAAGUUCAAGACACACGACGCGGGUCUCAUCUCCAGCGACAACGACCCCGCCGCGCGCGCAAUCCUGAAAGGCUCAAAGAAAGCGUCGACAUGGACUUAUGUCCCAGUCGAUCAGAUUGAGCAGACUUCAGGUCUUGCACGGGAAGAUAUCAUACGCAAGCUUAACGAGUGGAACGACCGCGGUGCAGUCACCAACACAGCCAGCGGAGUCCAAAACAUAUACCGGAUCGAAAAGCCUCUCCCCUCGACCCCACAACAGAUCGACGCUAUAGUCACCGAACUCGACAAAACCAUGGGCGCGCAAGAGAAGCAAAAUCUAGAUCGUACGCGAGCCCUGAUCAACCUCGUCACCGACAAGAAGUGUUAUUCCCUCGCCCUCGCCACCUACUUCGGUGAAAGCGCAGACGACGUAUCCGAAGAAUGUGGCCAUUGCACAUGGUGUGAGACGCACGAGCAGGUCCAGCUGCCCAAUGAGCCGCCGCAGUCGCCGGAUCCCGCGCUCGUGAAGCGAAUACUGGAGCAGGUGCCGGCUCGCGAUGAUCCAAGGUAUCUCGCGAAGAUUGCUUUUGGUAUCAAGAGUCCGCGGAUGACACAGGAAGGAAUAUAUAAGAAGGACGUGUUUGAGUCGAUGAAUGUUUGCGACUUUGAGGAAUUGCUGAAGAUAUUCACGAAGGAGUGUCAUAUGUAAAAGAACUCGCACAUUGGCUGGUAGGUGACCAAAUCGGCGUUGCACGAAGUUGAUCAUUGGUGGGCGUGCUGGGGCGAAGCAGUCUUCAGAUUGUAUCUAAUUAUUUGCGGAUGCCUUGGGAUGUAAAGCGGGAGCGAUAUAUUGCUCAACAUAACG